UGCACUUUGAUAUGACGCCAAAUAUUGCUCAUCAGAUUUCCACUUCAUUAAACAUAUGACUGUUACUAUAUUGUACUAGUGGAUAAGGAAUUGUUCAACCUUCUGAAGCUUCAAAGUUCACACCCGUUUGAGUGAGAAACUCCAAUGAACAUAAUAUUAUGUUGACGAAAACUUAACAACACUCAGCCUCGCACCAUUAUGACUGGUUUUAAGUUUUUCACAUAAACAGCCAACAGAUAAAAAAAAAUAUAAAAAUGAAUGCUUUGGUUGUUCUGACGUGUAUAAUUGGAAUAUAUUCUCGGGUAAAUGCUGAAGACAACAUAGAUGGCAAUAAGUUGGCACAGGAACUCAGAAAGAUUAAGGAAGAUAUUGGUAUCAAUUAUAUGCAGGAACAGUUCAAUAAUUUUCCCUAUGAGAUUAAGUCGGAUACAGGGAACCAGUUAUUAGAAAGGAUUCAAUUAAGUUUAGACACGUCACUGAAUGACUUGAAUUUAGUCAUAAACGAUGUGAAUUCUAAAAUUGUAACUGUGCAUUCAAGUAACCCAGAUUCUACGUCAACAAGUUUUGAUCGAUGCUGCGACUUACAGGACAGUGCCUUGACCUACUUACCAGAGUUCCAAUCAAAAGUUGAUCUGAAUAAAGCAUGUGUUACGACAUCACCUAUAGCUGUAGCCAAUUUAAAAUACCCGACAGAACAAAUCGGUGCAACAAUGAAAACCAACUACGAGUACAACAAGAACGUUUUAUGGCAGCACUACAGCACAACAGAAGGCGUGUCUGUCAUUUACCCAGCCACAAAAUGGCACAAUUGUCAAAAUUUUGAUCCGAGAUUUAAAUCUUCAUACGCAGCUGCUGCUUCGCCGACAGAUAAGGAUGUUGUUUUAGUGAUUGAUACAAGUUCUUCUAUGAGACAGCCGUCUGGAGUAAUAGACAAAACCAAAAUUGUAAUAGCCAAAGAAGCAGCUAACAAUGUAUUACAAACACUCAAACCAAAUGAUAGGGUAGGGAUUGUUCGAUUUGAUAAAAAUGCAUAUACCCCGACAGGAGAUAACUACCAUUCCUGUUAUGAAAACCAACUCGCAUUUGCAACAAAAGAAAAUACGGACAAACUUAAGCAGUAUGUGUUUUCAAUAGAGUCAGGUGAUUUUGAAUCAAACUUUGCAAAUGCUCUUUUUUCUGCAUUCAAUUACUAUAAUUCAACCGAUGAAGAUGUUCAAGUUGAAAAUAGAGAAAAAAUCAUUCUAUUCAUCAGUGAUGGAAUGUCCUCAUCUGGGAAAAACCCGGUUCAAGUAAUCAGCGAUGAGAAUUCAAAAUAUAACAACAAAAUUACAAUAUUUACUUAUCUGAUUGGACAAGACGAAAGUGCAAAGGUACAGUUACAAAGUAUGGCAAAUCAGGAUCUAUACAAUCCAUCUGUUGGACCUAAACAAAUUGGACAUUUUGAAUAUUUUGACCAAACCAACCAGCAAUAUCUUUCAACUAGAUUGGCUACGUUUUAUGAGCAUUUGUCUACAGGAAGUCCAACAGGCGAAUCCACAUUCACUGUACCAUAUGUAGAUCCCUUCUCAGGAGUGGGAUUGAUCACAUCAUUAUGUCGCCGUGUUCAUGUUUCGACUGGUUUUCAUGGAGUUAUGUGCACAGAUGUGAAAAUAAGUAAACUAUUGACAGAAAUAGAGUACUUCUCCGAGGACGAAUUCACCUACGCAUUCCUGAUAGAUGGUACUGGGAGAGCACUUAUGCAUCCUUUGUUACCAAAUGCAGCUUUUGUCAAAUCUACCGAAGAUCCUGUUUUAUUAGACAUUAGUGUAUUAGAAAGAGAAGAAAAUUCAAAAUCAGUCAUUGAAUCGAUGAAAAGAGGAGGAACUGGAUCUAAAUCUUUUGCAAAAUUUUUCACCAAACCACGUGGGACACUGGUAAAUGACGGAAGUAGUGAUAUCAGUCGCCAAGCACAUUUCUUUUGGGGACCAAUACCAAACAGCAAUUUUUCCGUAUGCGUUGUUCUUGUGAACGAAUCUUAUGCCGAAAUGACAGAAUCUCAGUUUCCACUCAGUGACGCAGAUUUUGACAACGUUUUUAUGAACCACGAUCGUAGUUUGCUUACUGAUUCAUUUUCUAAUUGUAAAUUCUACAAGAGGAGGGUGACACUGGAUAGAAGUUGUGUCAAGUUUUCACAAGCUGCCUUUGAGAACCCUUUUCAAUAUUUGGACCGUGACGAGACUGCGAGGGAUAUUAGUAAAUACAAGGAUUUUCUAACAAAAACAAGCGUUACUAAUCCCGGAUUUCACUCAACAUUACGAGCAUCUGUUUGGGCUUCGUACAAAGCUGAACAAUUUUGGAAGACCCAUCCGGCGACGUACGUUGCAUGGCGGUACAUAGCAACAAAGGCAGGACUUAUCAGGGUAUAUCCCGGAGUUUUGUUACUAAAAUCAUAUGACCACGAGAAGCGAGCUUGGUGGCGACAGACAAUGGCACACCCAGACACCAUGUUUUUAACAACGCCAUAUGUUGACGCCUGGGGAUCUGGAAUAGUUCUUUCCUUUGUACAUACUAUACAUAAAAAAGGAUCUAAUAUAGUAACUGCUGCAGCUGGUGCAGAUUUUCCAUUGGAAUACUUCAAUUGGUUCAUAACAAGUGUCUAUCCAUCUUGUGGCGAUAACAGUGGGUACAGAUGUAUUAUCGUAGAUGACAGUGGAUUUGUAGUUAUGCACCCACGACUGAAAGAGACUACUGAAGAAUCUGCAUUUGAGGAACCAAAACAUAUAACUGUAGAGGAACCUGGUAUUGCUAAUAUACUGAAAAGAGAAGGCGUGUUAAACUCAAAAGACUGCCAAGAUUAUUCGACGAAUAAAGAUCUUUGGUCCUAUAGAGUGACGGUUCCUUCCGGGAAAUCUAGUGGACUAAACUUCGCAGACACAGAUAAUACAUUUGAAAUACGACCUAUUACUGAUACCAAUCUGUUCAUUAUUAGAAGCCGUUCAACUCCAGCUUCUUCAACAUGUACUUGUGACGGCUCGAAGUCACCAGAUGUUGUAGAGUGUAAGAACAACUGUAACUGUCUGUGUCAUAGCUACAUCAUCUAUGAUGUUUGUGCCAACAAGUAUAAUACAGAAUCUGCUACUUUACCAUGCAGUGCGAGACUCCCUGAUACAUCAGGAGUUAGUGAACCUGACGUAACAGAUGGACUGAAAGCAUGCAAUGUUCCGACAUGUCAUCUCAAAUCAACAAACCAGGAUUGUUUUAGCGAGUCAGAAUGUAGCUGGUGUGAGUACACGGACAUUGGUGAACAGAUAGAAACACCAUGUUGUAGACUAAAGGAGGAAUGCACAUUCGGUAAAACAAAGUCUACAAAAAGAGAUACUUGUGCACCGGUGACUACAACAACAGCAACAACCAAAGCACCACCAAUCACCGAAUCUAGUAAAAUGGCAGCAAUAGUUGGUGGAUCUAUAGCUGCUGGAAUAUUAAUCGUUCUUCUUGUAUAUGGAAUAAGAAGAUACUGUCAAUAUUAUCAGAAAACCCAUGACAAUGUCGACCCAUAUUUAAAUGCUAUUCCUGAUAACCCAAAUGAGCUUCAUCAAUUUUCAGAGAAGGAUGAAUUCAGUGGUAAAGAUCGAUAUCCGCCUCCUUAUCAGCGGGGACAUAAUCCAAACUUUUAUGUUGAUAAUACGGGAUUUACUGCUGAAAAUGCUAUAUGAUCUAAAAAUCAAACAGAUAAUGCAAACUUUCGAAUCUAUUAGUAAAGAUGUAUGUACACUCAAAAAUUCCAUGAUAGUUCUAUACCAUAACAAAAUGUAUUAUAUUCAUUAUGUCAUACACAGAUAUGUAAUUUUACUAAAGUCUCUUUUAUUUCAAAUAUAUCAUUUGUAUUCUCUGUAUAUGUACAUGUACACUAUUGUCGAUAUUACUCUUAAUGCCAGCAUUAGCUAUUCGUAUGCAUAACUUUUCUUUUUAAAUGUCACUUGCCUCAUGACAGCGCUAAGUAUAUCUUCAUUUGCACAUUUAAAAACGUGGAAUGUUGAGGUAAAUUGAUUGGUCAGCUCGAGCUUAUUUGCACUAUUCUCAAUUUCGUCAAUUUUUUAGAAUGAAAUUUAAAUCAUUUGUAUCUGAUUGUAAAACUUUUAUAUCAAUGCAUGUCUGUAGAUAUGGAUCAAAAUAGUAAUUUUUAUUACUCUAGUAAGAAGAAUGAUAUCAUAACAAAAACUCCAAUAUAUAUUAUCAACAUAGUAUACUGUUUUUAUUAAAUGGACGCAUACAUUUUAUAUGAAGCGACGAAACCCAAAUGAUCACUUACAUGUAGGACAUCGAACAACUUUGACGAUAUUUCAAUGCUAGAUCAUUACAACACUAAACCAUUAUCAAAAUAAAACGGGAACGACAUUACAUUGAUGUUUCCAUAAUCUAUUGUAUAAAUGUACCAUGCAUUUUGUGAUUAUUUUUUUGCUUUGCAUUUCAAAAUACGCUCAAGUUAUAACUUCUCUAUCAAUAAGGAUAAACUUCAGUACUUAGAUCCAAAAUAUGUGUGUUCUAACAUGUCUAAACAAUAUUCUUAAUUUUCAUUUAAAAAGGUUGAACUUGUAAAUGGACAUGUUUUUAACUUUGCAUGCCCGUCCCCAUCAUUUCCAGAAAUUCAAUUACGAUCUACAUAUCUGAGAUGUUUCUCUUACAGUAUGUUAAUCUUUAGUGUGUAGCGGGCUUAUAUUUCCCCUUCAUUCAUCCCAUUUCCGUUACACACCUGCAUGUAAUAAAUGGCUACUACAUAACAAUUAUCAAUGUAUAGUACUGUGUUUAAAUCUCCUUAUGAUCAUUUCAAUUUUAUAUCCAUGUACUCUUUGUCCACCGCAUUUUGUAUCUGUACGAGACGUCAGGCUAUCUUCGCCGUGUGUUGGUAGUUGGUGAUUGUCUCUGUUUAUGAGUAUGUUGUUUCUUGUCGAGGAGUAGGUUGUUGGUGGUCGAUCUAUUAUACUGUCCAAUAUUUUUGUUAAUUCUUAUUUUACUUUUUUUGUAUUACUUAUUUAUGCUAACAAUGUUUAUUGAAAACAAUAAUUUACUCUAUCUAUUUAUGUAUGUCUUUUGUGGUGUUUUUAUCUACUAAGAGUUGUUGUUACAUUUACAUAACAUUCUUUCCAUUUAUUAUUAGAUAAGUUGUGAUAAUAUAUAAAUCACAGUUUUUUACAAAAUAAAAAGUAUAAAUGUCUCCUUUUUUACACUUCUGGGACUUUAUGGUGGUACUGUUAUAGCAAAAUAAAAGAAGGACACACACUGUUGAGAAUAAUUGUUUUGAAAUUAUCAAUGACGGUAAAACAUACUUAUAAAGUAUCUAAAGUAUUCAGUUUCUCGAAUUCAGUUGUCUUCUGAAAAUGCCUGUAAAAAGUUAUGAAUAUGGCAGUUGUUUUUCAUUUUUUCGGUUGAUUGAUAGCGUUUGAUUUUGACAGUUUUUAUGGACUUUCCCUUUUUGAGUUCGAUAUUUUUGUUAUACUUUUGUACUGUCCAUUUUUUUUUUUAUUCUUGUUUUACAUUUUUUGUAUUACUUAUUUAUGUUAACAAUGUUUAUUAAAAACAAUAUUUUAAUCUUUCUAUCUAAGGGAGAUAAUCGAACUUACUAAUGCUUCCCUAACUAAUAGUAUUGCCGGGUAGAUGUACCCUGUUGUGAGUUCAUUCGUUGUUCUUAAUCUGUUUUUUAUUAAUUUUUCUCACUUUGUUUAAAAGGAAAGUAAUAAUUUUUCCGUCAAAUUUUAGUCAUCAAUCAUCAAUUUACAAUUUAUACUAAUAUUACCUGCUCAAUGUAUUUUUUUUUUUUUUUUUUUUUGUGUAUUUGUAUAUUUGGGAUAAUGUAUGAAUUAUAAAUGUAUUCUUAAUUUUAUGAUUUAAUAAUUUUUCGUCAUGUUUUAAUUAAUAAGCGAUUGACAUUUAAAAUGUACAUCCUGUUUGAUAUGUAUUCAACUUUAAUUGUUAGAUAUUGCUUUAAAAAGUUUACUUUCAUAAAAAGUUUAGAAAAAAAUGAUAUUUUCAAACAGCCUAAAUAUUUUCCAUCCAAGUAAGGCACCGACGAUUCGUGGAUCUUUUAGGGGGAUUGGGUAGUUUUUGUAUAUGCAUUGAUUGGCAACGUUCAUUAAGGGAUGAUAAUUAUCGACCCUCAAAUUCCACGAAUUAUAAUAUCACUAAUAAAAGUAAACAUCUUA